UCUUAAGGCCUUAGGAGAAAAUGGGGCGGGAGCUGCAUUUAACCAGCUCUCAGUGGAUGCAGGUGCCUGCGGACCUAGAGGGCGGGUUCAGGCUUCUUAAUUUCUCCUACUCUUGCUGGUAGUGGGGAUCCUCCUCUUUCCAAAUGGAGCAUUGGUCUCCGCCUGCUGCCGGGGGUUGGCAGUGUUGCCAGCCUUGGCCUAGAAAACAGACAACCUGGGUCCCAUCCCUAAGCCCAAGCCCACCGGCCGCCCUUUGGAAUCUCUUGAGUGUACGUCAUUCCUUGUGUCCACUGUGAAGAUCCUAAGCACACAAUACAGGUAAACAGAGUAGAAUAUACCAAGCGAAGGAAAGUAAGCAAGCACAAAUGGACCUGGACCCAGGCAGACAUCAGACAGUGACAUUUCAUGCGAGACCCAACCAUAGAGGGUCCUGAGAAUGAUAAAGAUAGAGAAAAUGAUAAAGAGAAAAAAGCAGUGGUUUGUGUUGAGGGCAAUAUUGCAAGUGGGAAGACAACGUGCCUGGAAUUCUUCUCCAACACAACAGACGUCGAGGUGUUGAUGGAGCCUGUGCUCAAGUGGAGAAAUGUCCGAGGCCACAAUCCCCUGGGUCUAAUGUACCACAAUGCCAGUCGGUGGGGUCUCACACUGCAGACUUACGUGCAGCUCACUAUGCUGGACCAGCACACUCGUCCUCAGAUGUCACCUGUACGGUUGAUGGAAAGGUCAAUUUACAGUGCAAGAUACAUUUUUGUAGAAAACCUGUAUAGAAGCGGGAAGAUGCCCGAGGUUGACUAUGUGAUUCUGUCUGAGUGGUUUGAUUGGAUCAUCAGGAACAUUGACGUCUCUGUUGAUCUGAUAGUUUAUCUUCGAACCACUCCUGAAAUCUGCUACCAGAGAUUAAAGAUGAGGUGCAGGGAAGAGGAGAAAAUCAUUCCAAUGGAAUAUGUCAGUGCUAUUCAUCGCCUCUAUGAGGAGUGGCUGGUCACUGGUAGCCUUUUCCCAGCUGCAGCCCCUGUUCUGGUGAUUGAGGCUGACCACAACUUGGAGAAAAUGUUAGAACUCUUUGAACAAAACCGGGCCCGGAUAUUAACUCCAGAGAAUUGGAAGCAUGGCCCGUAGGACUGGAUAUGGCAGCAGGUCUACAUGACAGUGUCAGGAGUAUCCCAGAAGGGCCACAUUAGCUGUUGUUUAGAAGCAUUUGGAAGAAUCUACUCUCAGGAGCGUCUGUUACCUGGUCAGAUCUAUUUUUGCUAUAGUCUUUUCAUUUUGGGACAGAUGGCUUUUGUCAUCAGAUCCUUGCAGCACACAUUCCCCCUGUGCCCUUCCUGGUGGCUUCCUGAGGCUGAGGCCCUUUGCUGUGUCCCUGGUGGUGGUCCAGCUGCUAUGUAUCAGGCCACCCAGUGGGCCAAGGGAGCAGCCUUCCGUCAUAGAUAAGGAUUUGAAGCUCGGAGAGGUGCAGGGACUCUUCAAGGUCAUAUAGCCUGUGCAUAGGGGAGCUGGCACCAUCAGACACCUGGCUUGGGCUGCCUCCCCCCCCCCCCCCCCCACCCCCACCCCCACCCCCACCCCCCGAGCUGUUUCUGUUUAGGCCUGCUGUUCUGAGCUCUAGCCCUCCAUGUCUUUGUGAGAGGAGCUGGCAGUAUGUGGACUCUAUGACAUUUCACUACUGGGCAAGGUUCAAGGAGGAUCGACAUCACUAGUCUUUGGCUCUCCUCUGUUAUUUGCCCUGAGCCCAGUGUUUCCUGCUUGAAGAUGCUGUAGCCUCUGCUAUUUUGUCAUCUGGAUCUCAGUGUCAUAGAGGAAUCCUGCAUUGGCCCUUGGAUGGUGCCAGUGUCAUUGAGGAUGAAGGCCCUUCCCAGACUGCUGCCAGUUUUUGUCAUUCUGUGUCAGAAAACAGACUUUUGGGACUUGGACACUUUGCCCUGUGCUGAGUGAGGCCAAGGGCAGGCAGCUGGGCUUCGUAGGCCCCAUCACUGUCUCCUGUCCUGUGUGAGGAACAGGGCCCUUGGAAUUACUGAGUGUUUGUGCCCAAGGGAGAGAGACAUGGUGGCUUUAACUCUUUUGAAGUGUUUUUCCAUCUGAGCGGAUGUCUUGGACCACAGAGCACAGAGCCAUCUCUACUGGAUCAGAAAAUAUCCUAACUUUGCUGGGCCAUAACUGCACACUGAAGCUGCAGCUGCUGCUUGAACCAAUCGAGACCAAGAGGAAGCCAGACUGUUCCUCUAGGAGACAGUGAGACUGGGACCCAGUCAGGGUUUGCAAAUAAAGGCAUAUAAAGUGUUGCAGCUCUUGACUUUCUGGAGUUGGUGGAGUGCAUCUGGAGAAGACUGGAAUCAGACUCAGGGAAAUACAGCAUGGUGAGCUGCUGAUGAACAUGUGCCUCUCCAUGCCUGGUAUGCCUGGUGGCCACAGACAGGGCCAAGAGUCCAGCUGUUGCUCCUUCCUGUUUGGACCGAGUCUUGAGCCCUUUGUGUGGUAGGAGGGAUAGCAGCCAAGGUGACCAUCCAUCAGUACCUGCAGUCUAACAGGGAUCAACCAGAAACCCGAGAAAGGCAGGAACCUUUGUACCAGCAGUCUUGACAUCUUAGGAUUUACAAAUGGACAGUCCCAGCACUUGUCCCUCUGCUUAAUGAUAGCACUUGUUUUGGGAACAAAAGUGAUUUUUAUUCUCUUACUCUAUGGUAGCCAAUAAAUUCUACAUCUAAACCCUGA